AUGACCGAAUCUCCGGGUUCCCCUCUCUCUUCCAUCGCCUCCGACGACAUGUCGGAUCGCGAGGAAUUGAAGCAGGGCUUCUCCCCCUCGGCCGCAAACAUGCCUCCUUCCAAGCGCCGCCGCACCGGUAUCGCAUCCUGGGAUCGCAAUACCCCCGUCUCAACAACCUUCCAAGAUGACAUCCCUCCGGCCUCCCCGUCGUCUUCCAUCUCCUCGGACACCUCGGGCGACAUCCCCAACUCCCCCAGCAUACUGGCCCUUAUCGGAGGCAGCCAGGAUGAUGACUACAGCGGCCAAGGCAACGACCAGGUGACCGUAUGCCGGUGGGAAGGAUGCGAUGCAGGAGAUCUGGGAAACAUGGACGACCUAGUCCAGCACAUUCACAACGAGCACGUCGGCAGCCGACAGAAGAAGUAUUCUUGCGAGUGGUCUGACUGCACUCGAAAGGGCCAAACGCAUGCAAGCGGAUACGCACUGCGCGCGCAUAUGAGAAGCCAUACGAGAGAAAAGCCCUUCUACUGUGCGCUACCAGAAUGUGACCGCAGUUUUACCCGUUCAGACGCCCUCGCCAAACAUAUGAGAACAGUUCAUGAGACGGAGGCUCUUCGACCAUCUGACCCCGUACCGAAGCAUCAUAAUGCGCCGUCCGCCGCUGGCACCCCUGCAGGGACCCCCGUGAGCAAGCUCCAGCGCAUCAAGUUGAAGCUUUCGCAACCGCCUAAGGAUGAGUCCGAGCAGCCUAGUGAGAGUGUCACCGAUGAUAACAAGCUUUUGGACGGCUAUCUGGACGAGUGGGAGGAUUCCGGGUACAAGCGUGAGCUCGGCUUCGAGGAUUAUGAGUGCUCGCUUGCGCCGCAACAACUGUAUCGACUCCUCCGUCGACAAAUCCACUGGGCAGAAAAGGAAACAGCAGACCUACGCGAUGAGUGGGAGAAGAUCCUCCCAAAGAGAAAGCAUUCGUUUCUGGAGAAGGAGGCCAUCUUCGAAGACGUCUGUGAUGCUGAGCUGCGACUAUUCAGUCUCCUCAUGGGCAGCGACGCCGCAGCGCCCGUGUCAUCAGCCGCUGCCACAAACGGAGCAAAGAAGCAGCCCGAGGUAGCAGCAGAUACGGAAAUGACGCUGAAUCCCGAAUCAGAGUCGGUGGCCGCAUAA